CCAGAAUCAACCGGAUAGCCUUCUUCUACAACUCCAUCUCUAAUUUCAAGUCCUAAUCCAAAUUGAAGACUAAAGCUGAAUUAAUUUGUGUAUAAAAGAAGCAAAAAGAAUGGGUUGAAUACGGAGACGGAUAGAGACGAGAGAACAGAUCGGAGCAGAGCAGAGGAAACCCUCCAUGAAACGAUGGUGCAGACACGCAGGGAGAAACCCACCAGGGAGAAAACAGUGCCACUGGAGGCCGGCACCCCCUAUCACCACGGUGGAGGCAGAAGCCCUCAUCCAGAGGGUCGGAAUCACGGCUGAGCAGUUCAAGGAGGUGCUGGCGGCACUGACGCCCAAUCGCGAGAUUGUGGUGGAAGAUGAGACACUCAGUCUGCCUGCAAGGGCGACCUCAAGGAGACGCUCAAGGAGAGGAGAAUCCACAGCGACAUCCAAGAUCGGCUCUGAGGAGCGACAAAAGGCGGUCGAGGACAAUGAAGCAGCUGAGCUGUGGAGGAUGUAUGAGCGACUGGACGCCCAAAACCCCUACCGCCAGGCGGUCUUUAGCGAGGUAACACCCUUCUCCAGAAGGAUAAUGUCCUGCCCUCUCCCGGACAACUUCAAGACCCCACAGAUCAAGGCGUACAACGGGACGACCGAUCCCCAGGACCACCUUGCUCGCUUCGAGGCGAACGUGGUCAUGUAUGCAUACCCAGAAGAAAUCAAGUGUCGAUGCUUCCUGGCGACACUGGAAGGGCAGGCUUGUGAGUGGUUUCACAAGUUGCCAAAGAGAUCGAUAGACAAGUGGAGCGACCUGGCCCACAAGUUCUUGGAGCACUUUGCAUCCAGCCGGAGGCAAAAGCUCCCCUUCUCGCACUUGCUCAAUGUGAAGAUCCGGAAAGGAGAGCAGCUCCGGGAAUUCAUUAAUAGGUGGGAGAAGGAGGCCAGGGACGUCCAAGGGGCGGACGACCAAGAGAUGUUGGCCAGGGCGAAAUACCUGGCGUUGGAAGCGGAAGACGAUGAACCACCCGUCCGGAAGGAGAAGAAGAGCGGGCCACCAGUGGCGGAAGGAAAGAAAAGGAAAGAUUACGGUAAGGGGCCGAACCCCACCGGAUAUCAUGCGAACAGACAUCUUGUUCAUGCGGUGCAGUCUUUGCCUGCCCCUCCUCACAGCCGGGAAAGCUAUGGUGUGCAAGAAGCACCCAAAUACUGCGAGUACCACCGUAACAGCACCCACAAUACGUCGGAGUGCGUUACGUUGAAGAAGGAGAUGGAUCAGUUGAUCGCCAAGGGGCCGCCUCCUCGUUCGGAGCGACCAUCCUCAAGUAACCGGACCUGGAGGAGACUGGCAGCCCCGACAGCAGCGAUCACAGCAGGAGAAGGGCAGGAGGAUGGACGACGACAUCUGGGGAGAGAUUGUGACGACCUAGAUGAGGAGGAAAGGCCACCGCUACCCAAGCGGAAGAAGAAGGAACCUAUGGUUUUCACGGACGAGGAUUACCCACCAGUCCUCAACCCCCACAGGGACGCGCUGGUGAUAAAGGUGGAGAUCAAUAAUGUGGUCGUCCAUCGUACAUUGGUCGAUACUGGCUGUUCGGUCAAUGUUAUGUACAGCAACACCUUUAAGGAGUUGGGAAUGUCUCGAAGCGACCUGAAGCCGAUCCAUACGCCACUGUUAGGGUUCACAGGAGAUACCAUUGAAGCCGAAGGGACCAUCACAGUGAAGGCCGGGGUAGGAGAUGGCACCCACCGACUCUGGCUCGACAUGGAAUUCAUGGUAGUGCAUCUCGAUUGUGCACACCAUUUGAUUCUGGGGCGACCAGGGGCGACCAAGAGCCAGGCACGGGUCGAUGAGAACGUGAGCACGAUCUGUGCUGCGAUCCAGAAGGAGGAGGGGCGACCUCGAGUUGAGCCAGCGGACGAAAUUGAAGAAGUCACCUUGGAUCCGGCCAGGCCAGAGCAGAAGGUGAAGGUAGGUAAAACUUUACCGCCUAGGUUAAAGGAGCAACUGUUGGAGGUCCUUCAAGCAUUCAAGGUGCUAUUCGCUUGGGGCCCGGAGGAUAUGCCCGGGGUCGACCCAAGGAUCAUCUGCCAUAGGUUGGCAGUAGACCCGACCCACAAGCCGAUCAAGCAGAAGAAGCGUUUUCUUUCUUCAGAACGAAGAGAUUUUGUCACCAAGCAGGUGACAACCCUGCAGUCCAUUGGGCACAUCCGGGAAGUCCGCUACCCGGAAUGCCCAAAUGCCCCGUCGCGAGUCAGCAAGUGGGGAGUGUUCCUGGGGUCUUUCCAAAUAGAGUUUAAGCCACGACCGGCGAUAAAGGGGCAGGCCUUGGCGGAUUUCGUGGUGGAAUGCACUGCGAGGGAAGAGGAGUCCAAUGGAGAGGAACCCGAAGGAAACUGGUGGACUGUGUACACUGAUGGCUCGUCCGCUAUUGAUGCUUCGGGGGGAGGUGUCGUGGCAAUAUCACCGGAAGGGUUCAAAGCAUACUACUCCGUGAGGUUCCGGUUCAAGGUCUCAAACAAUGAGGCUGAAUAUGAGGCGCUGCUUUGCGGUUUGAGGCUGGCAGCAUCAUUAAAAGAUGAACGGAUUCAGGUCCGAUGCGACUCCAAAUUGAUAGUAGGCCAUGUCACAAGAGAAUUUGAGGCCAAGGAUGAGCGAAUGAAGAAGUACAGGGACGCUGCUCUGGAGUUGCUUAAAGCAUUUGGAGCGUACCAGAUAGAGCAGGUCCCCCGAGAAGAGAAUGCCGAGGCGGACAUCUUGUCGAAGCUUGGUCCGGAUUCCCCAGAUCAUAUCAAGGUAAUGACCCAGGAAGAAGAGUUGCUUGAGCCAAGCAUUAGUCCCGGACAAGUGCUGGUCAUUACGCUCAAAGAGCCGGAUUGGAUCGAUGAAAUUACCAUGUACAUCCUUGAUGGGUCGCUACCUACCGACCCAAUCGCAGCAAAGGGGAACAGGAAACAACACGUACCUGGUGGUCGCGAUCGACUACUUUACCAAGUGGUUCGAGGCUGCCCCCAUGCCGACCAUCACCGAAGAGCAGAUGAGGAAGUUUGUAUCCAAGCAAAUCUUGUGCCGAUUCGGGCGGUCGGGUACCCCCAAGCCAAUGGGCAGGUCGAGAACACUAAUCGUACCAUUGUGGAUGGCCUGAAGAAGAAGAUAAUGGAAUGUAAAAGCGCCUGGGUGGAGGAAUUGCCCUACAUCUUGUGGACCUACAGAACUACCCCGAGGAAGGCUACGGGUGAAACUCCAUUCUCGCUCACAUAUGGGUUUGAAGCAAGGGCUCCAGCGGAGACCUCAUUGCUGAGUUAUAGAGUGGAGACAUUUGACGCCCAGGAGAAUGAAGAAAACUUGAGGGCAGAGCUGCUGUGCGGUCUAAGGGACGAAAACGGAGCUGGUGCAGGUCUGGUGUUCGCUGCGACAGACGCAACCCAAUCCGCGGAUCCUUGUAUUCGGGUCGCACGGGUUGGGGUGUUACAGCUGCACCUCAUUGAUGAGCGGAGAGAAAGGGCGUACAUACGGGCGGAGAACUACCAUCGGCAAGUCAAGUCAUAUCACGACCAACGGGUGCGACCAAGGCAGUUCAGAGUAGGCGACUGGGUCCUUAGGAAAAGGGAGGAGUGGCCGCCCCCAGCCGCGGCAAAAACCCACCAUCCUUCUCCCGCAGUGGAAGGAAGGGAGGCGACUCACUUUUCUGUGAGCCCCAAUCAGCAUCAUCUAGAUGAGGAUGCAGACCCUGAGGCCGCUCGAGCUACCCCAGAUCGCCUAGGGGCCUUCCGGGGAGGUGAGCGUCCAGCGGGGCGGGGUAGGGAAGAACCCAGUUCUUCCCCCCACCACAACCUCAUCUUUAGGCCUCACCGGCGAGCUGGUGCGACUCUCGCUAGUCCAUCGCUCCAAACUCGUGUAAUACGCACUCUCAUGCUCCAAGAGGGGCAGGUGCUCAUUCUGCAUGCUCUCCCAGGCCAUGCACUGCAGCGAAUGGAGCGGGCAUGGGGCAUCCCAGUCAAUCCGCCCGUCAGGCAGACGGUUGGCAGAGAGAGCCUUGUAUGCCUCGCUGAAAUCAUCAUAAGGAUUUGGGGGUAUCGGCGGCAGUUUCACCGAUGGCCACUGCCGACGAGGCAACCGGCGGCAAAAUUCGUAGGGGUCUAGCCCCCCAGUCAUUGGAGUUAACUGACUUGGGGGAGGAGGCAGGCUCCAGCGAAGAAGGAGCCGGCCCAUCGGAAAGAUUCAGAGAAGUAGGAAUUCCUUGAGACAUGACAAAAAUGAAGAAAUGGAAAGUAUUUGG